AGAGACAGAGCAUGAACGGGGGAGGGUCAGAGAGAGGGAGACACAGAAUCCGAAGCAGGCUCCAGGCUCCGAGCUGUCAGCACAGGGCCCGACGCGGGGCUCGAACUCACGGACCUCGAGAUCAUGACCUGAGCCGAAGUCGGCGGCUUAACCGACUGAGCCACCCAGGCGCCCCAGUCACUCUUCUUUUCUUUAUCCUCCCCCGCCUCGUUCCCCACCCUCCUUAUUUCCUGGCCCGCCUGCAGCCCCUAGCCCUGUCCUCUCAGGCAGGCUGGCCAGCAAGGAACGUGUGGAAGUUCUUACGCUUACGGUGCGCGAGACGCUGAUGGCGCCAGCAGAGCUCUGCCUGAGGUUUUACCUCUGUCCUUUUAUUGACUUUGUUUUCCCCUUUCUUUCUACAUACUAAAGAACAUGUGUGUAAACGUCAGUGCAGCACAAACGCACGUGGUAAAACUGCACGUGUGGACCCAGGCUUUCAGCAGGGUAUUGGGAUGUCACCCUCAGGGCUCCUUUCUGUCCAGCCCGCUGCCCUUCAGCAUCUCUCAGUCACCAUUGGACUUAACCCUGGUUCAUGCCUUCUGUCAGUUUACCGUUUGGCAGCUUCUUUUUCUUCGUUACCAUUUUGCAGGGGUUCUUAGAAUAUUCUGGCUGUUGGCAGUGUCGCGCGUAUCUUCUCCCAGCGUGUGACUUCACCCUUCCCUUUCUUUGUAAGGUGUCUUUGAUGAACAGAAGUUCUCAGUUGGAAUGUAGUUGGCUUUAGCAGUCUUACAGUUUGUGUUUAGUGUUUUUUCAAUCCUAUUUGAGAAAUCCAUCCCCUCUUCCACUGCCACCCAGUCCCAAGGUCAUAAGGCAGUUCUCCUGUAUUGUCUGCUGAAACUUCAAGUUCUGCCUUCUGCGUCGCAUCUGUAGCCCCCCCCGGGGCUGACUUGUGUCUGUGGUGUGUGCGGUAGAGGACUGCGAGCGUCCUUCCCUUUGGGUGACCUGCUGUCUUAGGCCGGCCACUGACUGGUCCCUCCUCGCCCCCCAGCUGGAGAAGCUGCUGCUGUCACAUGUCACACUUUCCAAUCUGUGAGCAUCUGUUUCUGGGCUGUCCUGAGCCCCAAAUGCUGCUGCUUCUCAUUUGCUUUAAGGACUAGCCCAGGACACGUGCAGGUGUUUUGUUGUAGCAAUAGCCUUGUUGGUAGUAUUGAGAGGGGGAAGCAUUCCACCUGUUCUAGCAGCAGGGCGCGAGCUGAGUGAUAAAGCACAUCAGUACAGGGAGAUACUCUGCAGCUGACAGAGAUAGAUUCACUAAUAUGGACGGGUGUUGACAAUAUAUCUCGACAGAAAAAAUAGUAAGUUAAAGUACGGUAUGUGCACUAUGAUUUCACGUUUAUAAAAAGUUAAGAAACGUGCAGGUUAAAAAAAAAACAAACCCACCUCCCAUUUUUGCUUCCUCCCAUCCCGGUCACAUUUGGGGUGCUGUACUCUGGCUUCGCCCUGGCAGGUCCUCCUCCGGCUCCUCCCAGUUGGCAUCAUCAGUGUGUCCUCUUGGGUUUUUUCUCCUCGCCCCUGGCCUUGUGCCCACUUUCUUCUAUCCUCCUUUUGGGUUCCCGCCUCCUUUCUGCACCCGAGCCGGUGUCCUGGGAUUCCCUGUUCCCCGCGCCUGCUCUCCUUCUGCCUCUCCAUACGGGCCUCAUUGAAGCACCUCCCUGUUAAACCUUCUCUCACGCCCUGACCUCUUAUCCGCAGCCAUCUCUCCGCUUAGCUGGCCCUGGCAGCAUUGAGGCCCUUGUGGCAUGCCCCAGACGAAGCCCCCAUCCCCCUACCCAUGAGACCUGAGUCCUCCUUGCCCCUGUCUGUGGCCGUCUUCUUCCUGUCUCCCUCCCAGAUGCUCAGUGUUGCCGGUUGCCCUCUUAUAAGAGUUUCUGGAGUGUUCUGCAUGCCUCCAGAUUUCCCUCCCCCUUUCCUCCACACUGUGGCCAGAACCAUCUUUCCAAAGUGUACAUGAGGGCCGGAGACCGACAGGCCUGACAAUCAGUGAUCUGAGAGCAGGUUUGAGCAGGGCUCGCGGGGCCUGCUCUCGCCUUUCCCUGCCCACUGGUUUGAAGCCUCUUUAAGGGCAUUUCCAGAGCUGCGUUCCUCAGCCCUUUGUUCCCGGGCAGGAUGACUGGAGACUUGAACUUCCCCAACAGCAGGUGCCCGGGUAGUCUCGCCCAUGGGCCAGGAGCGGUCUGUCUGCUCACUGCGGGUGGCCGUGGCGCCCGGGCCGAAGACUGCUGGUUUCAUCCCUGGAGUCCAGCCUGGGGAUUUCCUGUUUGGAGGUGGGCAUGGGGCUCGCUUUUGCACUCUACCUGAUUCUCAGUGCCUGAGUGUGUUUCAAAUCGGUCCUUUCUUGUUCCUGAUGGUAAUGAAGGUGCCCUGGAUGGCUGGAAGGACAGAGUGGGCCCUUUUGUUUGUGCACGGAACUUGACCAAACGGUUCUGGGAGUCUGGCCGCCCAGCACGCCCUGAGCGAGCUGUGCUGGAGUCUGGGGUUUUGACUGCUGGUUCUCCGCUCUGUUGGGCAUGAGGAGGAGCCCUGCCAGCUGAGCAGUGUUUCCUGUGGGUGCCAGUUACAAGCUGCCAAAUGCAAAACAUAGCAGAUUAUUCAGGGGUGUUAUUUUCUUGACCACUUUUAGUUCAUUGCUUUUGACUGAGUGUUUAAAAAUAUUCUGCAGCAUAUCUGUAGUAUUCUCGAGCAGCGAAUCAGGAGAAGAGACACAGUUUCUGAGAAAGCUUCAAAGAAAUACUGGUCUUUAUCUUUUCCCCAGCCUUUUCCGCUGAAACCCACCAGAGUCUUUUUCUGAGUGCUCUUGUUCUAUAAAUAGAACAGCGGCCCUCCUCGGGUAGCCCAAGAUCGCAGCUCUCAUCCGCUUUCUGAAAGAUGUGUGUGUGUGUGUGGUGGACUGGAUUGUGUUUUAAUUUUUCUUUUCUUUUAUGUGUGAGAUGUGUGGCGGGAGAUGCAAGAAAAAAUACUGCAGCGUUUAUCUUUUAAAAAUAACUUAUUAUAACUUUUCUGGGUCGGAGCUUGUUGGUUUUGUCGUCGUCGUCUUUUUUUUUUUUUUUUUUUUUUAACUUUGCAUUUAGGGAAGAGAUGGAAGUGGUGACCCCCCCUGCAGAGACCGUCAUCAAAGAGGGGAUGCUGACCAAACAGAACAAUUCAUUCCAGCGAUCAAAAAGGAGAUACUUCAAGCUGCGGGGGCGGACGCUGUACUAUGCAAAAACGGCCAAGUCCAUCAUAUUUGACGAGGUGGACCUGACAGAUGCCAGCGUGGCUGAAUCCAGCACCAAGAACGUCAACAACAGUUUCACGGUCAUCACUCCAUGUAGGAAGCUCAUCUUAUGUGCUGACCACAGGAAAGAGAUGGAAGACUGGAUUGCAGCGCUGAAGACCGUCCAGAACAGGGAGCACUUUGAGCCUUCCCAGUACAGCAUGGACCAUUUCUCAGGGAUGCACAACUGGUACGCGUGUUCCCAUGCGCGGCCGACCUACUGCAACGUGUGUCGCGAGGCUCUGUCUGGGGUCACGUCGCACGGACUGUCCUGUGAAGUGUGCAAAUUUAAGGCCCACAAACGGUGUGCUGUGCGUGCAACCAACAACUGCAAGUGGACCACGCUGGCCUCCAUCGGGAAGGACAUCCUCGAGGAUGAGGACGGGAUCGCCAUGCCGCACCAGUGGCUGGAAGGGAACCUGCCCGUGAGCGCCAAGUGCACGGUGUGCGACAAGACGUGCGGCAGCGUGCUGCGCCUGCAGGACUGGCGCUGUCUCUGGUGCAAGGCCAUGGUGCACACAUCAUGUAAAGAGUCCUUACAGACCAAGUGUCCGCUGGGCCUGUGUAAGGUGUCGGUCAUCCCGCCCACAGCGCUCAACAGCAUCGAUUCUGACGGCUUCUGGAAGGCCACAUGCCCUCCGUCCUGCACGAGCCCGUUGUUGGUCUUUGUCAACUCCAAAAGUGGGGAUAACCAGGGUGUGAAGUUCCUCAGAAGAUUCAAACAGCUGCUGAACCCUGCCCAAGUGUUUGACCUCAUGAACGGAGGACCACACCUUGGCUUACGCUUAUUCCAGAAGUUUGACACAUUCCGGAUUCUGGUUUGUGGUGGGGAUGGCAGCGUUGGCUGGGUGCUCUCUGAGAUUGACAGCCUCAAUCUUCACAAACAGUGUCAGCUGGGAGUGCUGCCCCUCGGCACCGGGAACGACCUGGCUCGUGUGCUAGGCUGGGGCUCAGCCUGUGAUGAUGACACCCAGCUCCCGCAGAUCUUGGAAAAGCUAGAAAGAGCCAGCACCAAGAUGCUGGACCGGUGGAGCGUCAUGGCCUACGAGACCAAGCUGCCCCGGCCGGCCUCCGCUUCCACCGGCACCGAGGACUUCAGCGAGGGCUCUGAGGUGCAACAAAUCCUCUUCUAUGAAGACUCAGUGGCGGCCCACCUUUCUAAAAUCCUGACCUCAGACCAGCACUCGGUGGUGAUUUCCUCAGCCAAAGUGCUCUGCGAGACGGUGAAGGACUUUGUGGCUCGGGUGGGGAAGGCCUACGAGAAGACCACAGAGAGCUCGGAGGAGUCAGAGGUCAUGGCCAAGAAGUGCUCAGUCCUGAAAGAGAAGCUGGACUCUCUCCUCAAGACCCUGGACGAUGAGUCCCAGGCCUCGUCCUCCCUGCCCACCCCGCCCCCCACCAUCGCGGAGGAGGUGGAAGAUGGAGAUGGGGCGGGCAGCGGCUGCGGCUCCACUGGGGAGCGCUCGGUGGGGUCGACGUGCCCCUCCCGGCCGCAGAUAUUCCGUCCACGGGAACAGCUCAUGCUCAGAGCCAAUAGCCUGAAGAAAGCCAUCCGGCAGAUCAUAGAACACACAGAAAAAGCUGUCGAUGAGCAGAACGCCCAGACCCAAGAACAGGAGGGGUUCACCUUAGGUCUCUCUGAGUCGGAAGAGAGAAAAGACCCGAAGGAUGACAGAGUGUGUCCCACGGAGAGCUGUGGGGUUGCCAAGGCCAGGAGCCUCCGCAAAGUGUCCAAAUCCCCAUGUGAGAAGCUGAUAAGCAAAGGAAGUUUGACACUGGGCAGUUCUGCCUCUCUUCCUCCCCAGUCAGGAAACCGGGAUGGGCUGCCUGCACUGAACACCAAGAUCCUGUUCUCGAACGUUCGGGCUGGGAUGUCUGGUUCCUUGCCUGGAGGUUCAGUCAUCAGUCGCCUGUUAAUUAAUGCUGAUCCCUUUAACUCGGAAUCAGAAAACCUAGAGUAUUACACGGAGAAGUGCGUCAUGAACAAUUAUUUUGGCAUCGGCCUGGAUGCAAAGAUAUCCCUGGACUUCAACAACAAGCGUGACGAGCACCCAGAGAAGUGCAGGAGCCGGACCAAGAACAUGAUGUGGUACGGAGUUCUUGGAACCAAAGAGCUGCUGCACAGAACCUACAGGAACCUGGAGCAGAAGGUCCUGCUGGAGUGUGAUGGGCGACCCAUCCCGCUCCCCAGUCUCCAGGGGAUUGCUGUCCUCAACAUUCCCAGCUAUGCCGGAGGGACCAACUUCUGGGGGGGCACCAAGGAAGAUGAUACUUUUGCAGCUCCGUCAUUCGAUGAUAAGAUUCUGGAGGUGGUCGCUGUAUUUGGCAGUAUGCAGAUGGCCGUCUCUCGCGUCAUUAGGCUGCAGCACCACCGAAUCGCCCAGUGUCGCACGGUGAAGAUUUCCAUCCUGGGGGAUGAGGGCGUACCUGUGCAAGUGGACGGAGAGGCCUGGGUCCAGCCUCCGGGAUACAUUCGGAUCAUCCACAAGAACCGGGCACAGACGCUCACCAGAGAUCGGGCGUUUGAGAACACCCUGAAGUCCUGGGAAGACAAGCAGAAGUGUGAACUUCCUCGCCCUCCGUCUUUCUCUCUGCACCCGGAGAUCCUGUCUGAGGAAGAGGCCACGCAGAUGGACCACUUCGGGCAGGCGGCGGGAGCCCUCAUCCACAGUAUCCGGGAGGUAGCUCGGUCCCAUCACGACAUGGAGCAGGAACUUGCCCACGCCGUCAAUGCCAGCUCCAAGUCCAUGGACCGGGUGUACGGCAAGCCCAGAGCCACAGAGGGGCUGAACUGCAGCUUUGUCCUGGAAAUGGUGAAUAACAUCAAAGCUCUGCGCAGCGAGACGGAACUGCUGCUGGCCGGGAAGAUGGCCCUGCAGUUGGAUCCCCCUCAAAAAGAGCGGCUCGGGGCCGCUCUUGCCGAGAUGGACCAGCAGCUCAGGAAGCUGGCGGACACCCCCUGGCUGUGCCAGCCCGUGGAGCCCGGUGAUGAGGAGAAUGUGAUGCUGGAGCUUUCCAAACGCAGCCGCAGUGGCAAAUUCCGCCUGGUGACGAAGUUUAAGAAAAACAGCAAGAACAGAGAAGCCCGCAGUAGCCUGGGAGCCCCGGUUCACCUCUGGGGGACAGAGGAGGUUGCUGCCUGGCUGGAGCACCUCAGUCUCUGUGAGUAUAAGGACAUCUUCACGCGGCACGACAUCCGGGGCUCCGAGCUCCUGCACCUGGAGCGGAGGGACCUCAAGGUACUUCCACAGCGGCUCCUGGGAACCCGUCCCGGGCUUCCCUGCACUCCCUUCUCUGUCCCUCCCUCUGACCUGGCCAUGCUCUGGUGUCGUCGGACUCUCCUCAUGCAUGGCUCGGGGUGACACGUGGCAGUGGCCGAGAGGCCACCUCUGCCCCCCAGCAGUGAUGUCUCCACCCGCCACAGCCAAACAAAGCCAGAGCAGGAAGUAACAGAGGGGACCUUGCUUUUCUUUACCUGCUUGGACCGAUGAACUAUUGUAACAUUAAAAACCCUGUUGCCGGGCGGGGGGGGGGUCAGUCGGGGCUGGCUGGCUCAGUAGGUGGAGCAUGUGACUCUUGAUCUCAAGGUCGUGGGUUCGAGCCCCACAUCGGGGGCGGGGGCUACUUAAAAGUAAAAAAAACAGCCUGUUGUGGGACACGGCCCUGUGCUAAUUGGCCAGCGAAGGGCUGUGUGUGAUGACGGCCCCCAGUGCGCGGGUCCCUCUCCCUUUGGAGCCCACACACGGGCACACCGAGCCGCCGCAGAGCACUGCGAGGAAGCGAGUCCCGUGAACUCCUUGGUUUCCUGGUGCGCGUGAGGGUCAGGUUUCUAACACGCCGUAGGCUCCUACGUGUGCUGCGGCAUUAGGUCUGAAAAGCGUGCACACGUUAGCCUAAAAAUACUUGCUCGCUGCAAAAUGCUGUCUGUCAUCUGAGCUUUCGGUGAGCCGUCAUCACUGGUCACGGGUGACCGUAACAAAUUGAACGGCCAAAAUGUCUGAAGUAUCGGGAGAAUUACCAACACGUGACACAGAGACUCGAACAAGUGCCGUUGGGAAAACAGCCCCGGGGGGACCUGCCGGACGCAGGCCGCCAGGAACCCCGAGGUGCGGGGCACGGCGGGGGCAGUGAGACGAGGCACGCCUGUGGCCGCUGAGCCCCCGGGGGGACCAGGCGCCAGGACCGCGGGCGGAGUCCCCUGGGGCCUGCCUGAGCCUGGGGGGCGGGGGCCGGGGCCGCGCCCUGAGAGGGCGAAAGGCCCCCCCCGGGACGUCCUCACGGCCGCGCUCUCGAGUCACCUGCCUCCACCUGCUGCCGGGGGGGGGGGGGGUCUGUGUCUGUCUGGCACGAAGGCGCCGGCGCCUCUGUGGCUCGCGGGAGGGGCGUGGCGGGCGUCUGCACGGCUGUGUGUGUGUCGUUUUCACCUCGCGUCACCGUUUUCGUCCUUCUCACCGCGUUUGUGUUCGGAAGGUCGGGCGGGAAGGCCCGCGGGGGCCCGGCUCCCUGCCCGGCGUCAGGGUGC